AUAUAUGUGUAUUAAAAAGCAACAGUUCACAGAUGACUGUGGAGCAGGCAAAGUAGCUGUUGUUUGGUCGACAACUGCUUUAAACAACGGCAUCAUUCAACACCAGCAGCAACCCCUCCUCUACCACCACCACCACCACCACCACCACCAACAACAACAACAACAACAACAACAACAGCAACAGCAACAACAACAACAACAACAGCUAGAAACAACUACAGCAGCGAUAACAACAGCUUUAGGAACCUCAUCAACUACACCUCAAACAACAUCAUCAUCAUUAUUAUUAUUAUUAUUAUUAUUAUUAUUAUUGUUAUUAUCAACAGCGCCCCCCACCGAGCACUGUUAUCUUCGUCGGGUUUGUCAAUGUUUGGAACAGGCCGAAAAUCCGAAACAUAACAUCGACCGACGAUAUGGGGAUCAAACGCACAGUGGGUCCCAGUCUGCAUCUUCCCCUUCUUGGAUGUUGGGGUUUGUUUAUUGUGACAGUGGUCUACCCUAACUGUGUUUUGUCUCUACAGUUAAUGCCAUUAACAUCGUCGUCGUCAUCUUCUGCCUCCUCUUCCUCUUCAUUAUUGUCAUCAUCGUCGUCAUCAUUAAAGACAAAACAUAGUAAUAAUGCUGCUGAUGGUCUGACCGGGCCGCUGGCUCGAAACAGCAGCGCACGGCUGAAAGCGCGGCGGCGUGUCGGCCGAUUCGACUGCGUCGUCAGUGCCUGGUCGUCCUGGACCCGGUCCGGAGCCUUCCAAGUGAGAUAUAGGUCCCGCUUACAGAAGUCAAGAAAUGGGGGUUUACGAUGUCCUCCGCUCGUCACCGCCAGGAAGAUUCGACACAAUCGUCAACUCUCGGCCCAGUUGCCAUUCGCUGAAGCCAGCCGUCGCUUUCUCAGCAACGUCAUCAGGGGUGGAUCCCUUGCUGGAGAUGAAGCAACAAAUUUGAAUAGCUUCUCUCGUUCCAAGCACCACAGUAACAACAGUUAUAUUGUGAAGCACAAAGUAUGGCCGGAACGCUUGCUGCUGACUGUCCUUGAUGACAGCCUCUGCGUGAAAAGCUCAACACUCGGCUUGAAAACCAAGUUCCUCGUUCUCAGUCUAUUGGAAUCCUUGUGUGGCAGCACCUUCGAUAAGAAUGCUCCGACUGUUGGUCUUCAGACAUAUUCUGUCAAAAGCCGGUUAGUCAUGCCACUGAAGAAGCCGGCAACGAAACGCGAUCUGCGACACGCUAUCUUAUCUUACCACACUAAUUCUAUAAAACUUCUGCAGCUCGACCGUGCUUUGGACCGUACUGUGUCCAUCUUAAGUACAACCAUGAGAAAGAAGAAAUACUGGCGCAGUGCAGUGUUGUUAGUGUUAAGUUCUUGGAAUUACUGCGAUGAAAAUACUCUUGGAGAAGCGGUACUUAUCAAAGAGCAUUCUGACGUCUAUGUUCUUCUCAUCGGACCGGAACCGGAUUCCACCCAAAUAGUUUGCUUCUCGAGCCUGGCAUCGCAACCUAUUCAAGACCACUACAUCAGGCUUCCGGACUCGGAGACUCUAAAUCAGUUCAUUGGAAGAGUUCUUGUAGCCCAGUUCAAAAACACGUUCUGUUACAAUCAAUGAAGAUGGCGGCAUCAUCUCUGGUCAAAACGCUUGAAAUGAUAACAUUAAACAGAGGUUUCAAAACAUCUCGUUACUCUUCAGUAAAAUAAAAACUAAAGCUUCUAAAAACUGGACUCUGCCGAACUGAAAUAUAUCAAUGUACAGCUUGACAUGUAUUUGACGUUCUGCUCUUUUCUGUAGGUGUUAGAUAUUUAAGCAAUGGUGGGCAGUUUAUGACCUUCCUAGAGAUUUUGCUAAAGACGAAACAAAUUUUCAAGCAGUGUUUUAUCGACUUAUUUGAUUAUGAUCUCUGAUUAAGUCUACUUCCAGAACACUAUCGACGUCUCUUUUUCCAUAUUGGUUUUAUUUGUUCCUUUUAUGAGAGUUUAUAUUAAUUAUUAUAUUUCUGCUUUUUGUGUAGCAAACCAAAGACCUUCUAAUUCAAGUCACCGGCUUGACAAGAUUACAAGGUUUCGAUUCUUGGUCGUUGCUAUUGUUUAUCUCUGGAGAUAACUUUGGAAAUGGAGGAAGGCAACAGCCUCAUAUCCUUCAAUGUUUGCUCUGUAUAUGUGAAACUUUAGUUUAUUCAACAAACUAUUGUACAGUUUUCUUCAGAUUGUAACAUAUUAGCUUCAGUAAAGUUUGAAAUCAAGACAA